AUGAAAUAUAACAUAUGUUCUAAUAAUAAUGAUGUAAAUGAUAUUAUUUUAACAUCUUUAAAAGAUUUAGACAACAUUUUUUUUGUUGAACAUUCAGAUUCAGAAAAUGAAAAAGAUAUUGAAAAAUUAGAUAAUAAAGAAUUAA